CGCACCCAGACACAGCCCCAGCCCCGAACCCACCAACCUGGAAAGGCAAAUUAAGCGGAGCAACACCUUUCAUAGAAUUACACAAUGGCGUGGGUUGGAAGAGACCUUAAAAAUCACCCAGUUCCAACCCCCUGCGCAGGGAUACCCUUCCACUGGACCAGGCAGCUCAGAGCACCGGCCAAACCACACGUGAACGCUGUCAAGGACGGGGCGUCCACAGCGCCUGUGGGAACCGUGUUCUGGCGUCUCAGGGCCCUCACGGCGAAGAGCUCUCUCCCGGUACCUCACGCAACCCCGCUGACUCCCGGCCCCAUUCCCAUUCCCAUUCCCAUUCCCAUUCCCGCUCCCGCCGCCGCCGCCUCGCCCCCGAGGGGGGCGGAGCCACCGUCGCGCUCCCGGCCCCGCGCGCGGGGUUCACUUCCGGCCCCGCGUCUCCCCCCGCCCCCUCCCAGCGGCGGCGGCGGCAGCGAAGGAGUUCGGAAGUUCAAAAUGGCCGCCGCGGCCGAGCCCGAGCAGCGACCGCCCGAGGUUGAGGAUGCUGAGGCAUCCGAGAAAAGUGUCAAUGAAGAAAAUGGGGAAGUGUCAGAGGCAGACCAACCUCAGAACAAGCACAGCCGACACAAAAAAAAGAAACACAAACACCGAAGUAAACACAAGAAACAUAAACAUUCUUCAGAAGAUGAUAAGGACAAAAAACAUAAACACAGACACAAACAUAAGAAACAUAAAUGGAAAGAGGUGGCUGAUGCCUCUGACAAAGAAGAUGGACCAGCUAAAAGAACUAAAAUUGAUUUUUUGGCUCCUCUGGAAGACUUAGAGAAACAAAGAGCAUUGCUGAAAGCUGAACUUGAAAAUGAAUUAAUGGAAGGAAAAGUCCAGUCUGGGAUGGGAUUAAUAUUACAAGGUUAUGAGUCAGGAUCGGAAGAAGAGGGAGAGAUUAAUGAAAAAGCACGAAAUGGAGCACGACCUACAACAAAGUCAAAUACUAAGGGGAAAUUAGAACCUGUGGACAAUAAAACUAGUUCCAAGAAAGCAAGUAAGAGUGAAUCAAAAGAAAGGACUAGGCACAGAUCUGACAAAAAGAAAGCCAAGGCAGGAGUUGAUGGAGUCAAAGAGAAGGCUACUAGAAGCAAGUCAAAAGAAAGGAGGAAAUCCAAAAGUCCUUAUAAGAGAAGUAAGUCUCAAGAUCAGACAAGGAAAUCUAGGUCUCCAAUACUUAAGAGGAGAUCUCAGGAGAAAAACAGGAAGUCUAAGUCUCCUCCAGAGGACAGAAAUAAAGCUGAUGAUAAAAGUAAAUCAAGAGACCGCAGAAAGUCUCCAGUUGUCAAUGAAAGCAAAAGCAGAGAUCGUGGUAGAAAAUCUAAGUCUCCAGCAGAACUAAGAAGCAAAUCCAAAGAUAGAAGAUCACGAUCCAAAGAUAGAAAACCUAGGAGAUCAGAGACUGACAAAGAAAAAAAGCCAAUUAAAUCUCCUUCUAAAGAUGCCUCUUCAGGGAAAGAAAACAGGUCCCCUAGACGACCUGGCCGUAGCCCAAAAGGGAGAAGCUUAUCUCCCAAACAGCGCGAAAAGUCAAGGAGAAGCAGAUCCCCUCUCUUUAACGAUCGUAGGUCUAAACAGAGUAGAUCCCCCUCUCGAACCCGCUCUCCGGUUAGAAGAGUGAGGAGUAGAUCUGCAGAAAGAAAAAGGAGAGAAUCAGAAAGGAGGCGUCUUUCUUCUCCCAGAACACGUACCAGGGAUGACAUUUUGUCCAGGCGGGAAAGAUCAAAGGAUGUCAGCCCACCCAGCAGAUGGUCCCCAUCCAGACGAAGGUCUCGGUCCCCCAUUAGGAGGAGAUCUCGAACACCCCUUCGGCGUAGCCGAUCUCCCAGAAGGCGGAGUAGAUCUCCUCGGAGGAGGGAUAGAGGCCGGAGAAGUAGAUCUCGCCUUCGAAGGAGGUCCAGGUCACGUGGUGGCCAUAGACGUAGGAGCAGAAGCAAAGUUAAGGAAGACAAAUUUAAAGGUAGUCUUUCUGAGGGCAUGAAAGCUGAGCAGGAGUCUUCAUCAGAUGAAAAUCUUGAAGACUUUGAUUUGGAAGAAGAGGAUGAAGAAGCAGAGAUAAGACAAAGGAGAUUACAGCGGCAAGCAAUUGUUCAGAAAUACAAAGGCCAGACAGAAGACAGUAACAUAUCUGUACCAUCUGAACCAAGCAGCCCUCAAAGCAGUACACGUAGUCGCUCAAAUUCUCCUGAGGACAUCCUAGAAAGAGUUGCUGCUGAUGUUAAGGAGUAUGAACGGGAAAAUGUGGACACAUUUGAGGCAUCAGUGAAAGCCAAGCACAACCUCAUGACAGUUGAACAGAACAAUGGUUCAUCUCAGAAGAAGCUGCUAGCUCCUGAUAUGUUCACAGAAUCAGAUGAUAUGUUCGCUGCGUACUUUGAUAGUGCUCGUCUAAGGGCUGCUGGGUUUGGAAAAGACUUCAAAGAAAACCCCAAUCUCAGGGAUAACUGGACAGAUGCAGAAGGCUAUUACCGUGUUAAUAUAGGCGAAGUUCUAGAUAAACGUUACAAUGUCUAUGGUUACACUGGUCAGGGAGUCUUCAGCAACGUGGUUCGAGCCAGGGACAUGGCCAGAGCAAACCAAGAAGUAGCUGUGAAAAUCAUCAGGAACAAUGAACUUAUGCAAAAAACUGGCCUAAAAGAACUGGAAUUUUUAAAGAAGCUCAAUGAUGCUGAUCCUGAUGACAAGUUUCAUUGUCUGCGGUUGUUCAGGCAUUUCUACCACAAACAACACCUCUGUCUGGUCUUUGAGCCACUCAGUAUGAAUUUACGAGAGGUGUUGAAGAAAUAUGGGAAAGAUGUUGGACUCCACAUUAAAGCUGUGCGUUCCUACAGCCAGCAAUUGUUCCUGGCUUUAAAACUUCUUAAAAGAUGCAAUAUCCUACAUGCAGAUAUUAAACCAGAUAAUAUUUUGGUGAAUGAGUCUAAAACGAUACUAAAGCUUUGUGAUUUUGGCUCAGCUUCACAUGUUGCAGAUAAUGACAUCACACCCUAUCUAGUUAGUAGAUUUUAUCGAGCUCCAGAAAUCAUUAUAGGAAAAAUCUAUGACUAUGGUAUAGAUAUGUGGUCUGUAGGCUGCACAUUAUAUGAGCUUUAUACAGGAAAAAUACUGUUUCCUGGCAAAACCAAUAAUCAUAUGUUGAAACUUGCCAUGGAUCUCAAAGGAAAGAUGCCAAACAAGAUGAUUCGAAAAGGUGUGUUCAAAGAUCAGCACUUUGAUCAAAAUCUCAACUUUAUGUAUAUAGAAGUAGAUAAAGUCACGGAAAGGGAGAAAGUUACUGUUAUGAGCACCAUUAAUCCAACCAAGGACCUAUUAGCAGACUUGAUUGGGUGCCAACGACUCCCUGAAGACCAGCGUAAAAAAGUGCACCAGCUUAAGGACUUGUUGGACCAGAUUCUAAUGCUAGACCCAGCUAAACGGAUUAGCAUCAACCAGGCUCUGCAGCACGCCUUCAUCCAGGAGAAAAUUUAAACCAGAUGAAGAAGUUCAAAGGGUUUGAUUAAUUAAGAUACAAAGACUGAAGAAAUUUCACAGCAGUUAUUAAUGUAUAUAAACAUAAAUAUUUCCCCUGCAAAGUUGAGGAAGAAAUGAUACAUUUGAAUUAACAUCAAGGCUGAUAUUUCUUUUAGAAAUGUUAGAGUAAUUCUGUUUUGUGUCUUAUGUGAAAAUUUUCACUGUAGAACUGUUUUAAUUGCCAAGACUGCACAAAAGUACAAUGCUAAUGUAUAUGGUUGCAGUUCGUAUAUAUUAUAAAAAGAAAAAAGCAUCUGUUAUAAAAAAAAAGAAAGAAAAAAAAAAAAAAGAGAGCAGUAAUACUGGGUGGUUGAUUUGUUUUUAGCAGACUUGGCUUCAUUUUUGUCUUUACAAAAUGGCCAGCAUAAAUGCUGUUUAUAUUCACAUUUUCCUAGGUGUGUGUGUGCAGGCCACAGCAGCAUGCCCUUGGUGUAGUCAGUGCCGAAGGGGGUCUGUUCCUUCUUGAGCCUGCCCGCAGGGAUGGUCUCCUCUUUUAAAGCAGGUUGUGUACAACUUUCAGUACACUGAAGGCAUAAACCUUCCACUCUUGAACAAAGCAGCUGCUUUUUAAAAGCGAGAAAAAAGGAAAGCGAGUCACAGGCCACUCAACGCCUACUCCAUGGGUCUGAUUUGCUGAGACACCAACUUCACCUUCCUAACAAGGUGCAGCUCAAAAGAAGAUGAAGGCUACCAGAAGACAUGAACAAAGGGUAAGUGGCAUUAAACCUCUGAAGAACCCUUAUGUGUAUAUUGACCCCCAUACAGAAGGCAGACCAGACUGUGAUACUGCUGGAGAUAGAGGGAUCUUCUACAGCAUGUGUAAAAUUGUAAUGUGGGUGGAAGAUGUUGAGAACUGGCAAUUGCUUGAAAUUAAUAAACUAUGCUUAAAACUUGCCUUCA